CACGCCGCCAGAAUACGACGAACAGAUUGGGAAGAGAGAAAGGAACUGGUAAGAAAGGAACAGAGAAGGGGACAUAACGCGAAGGAUUAUUUUACAGAGGUUGGAAAGGUUGGAAGUAUUGGUGUUGUGUGCAACAGACAGGAUUAGCACAGCCACCGCAACCGCUGGAUUCAAUUAAUCUUCAUCUUGCUAACAUUAGCCAAUUUUUUUUUUCAGGAAAAGAGAGAUUGUGGCUAGGUAGCGGAAUGUGUAGCUAAUUAGCUUGGAAGGGACAGAUUGGGAUUACUGUUUCGGGUUUAAAGAUUUGAGUUUUGAUCUUAAAUCCCGGGCUUUUGUCAGCUCGUGUGUGAUAAACACAUAACACCGCUACACAGGGUCAGAUUUUGAGCUGGAUGUUUUUUUAUGUGAUCAUGGUGCUGAUGGUCAAACAAUAACACUAGCCUAGCUAGCAUUCGUAUUAAUUUUACGAUAGGCAACAUGAUAAGCCUACCAAUGUAGCGAUCUAGAUCAAUUAUAAAUUUACAUCAGGUUCUAAGUUGCUGUCUUUAAACGUAGGUUACGCGUUCGGGUGCUUUGUUUAACAGAAACAGCAAAACCCUUUGCGAGAGAAGGUAGCCAGAGGCGCUAUUUUUACCAUCCCAUACGCCCAGGCAAUUGCUGCAUUCACUACACGUUGUUUUUGUUGGAAAUCACAGAUUAAUUAAUCCUAGGCCUGUACUACCUAAUUAACGACUGCCAGCCUUGGAUACUCUAUUCGAUCUAUUUUCAACAACAUCACUGUUGCAUAAUCCGUAUGAACUGUUUUUUUUUUUCUUACCGACACUUGCCCAGUCGGCCUAUCAUUUACGAUUCGAAAUCAAGACAUAUUUCGACAUUGUGAAAGGGCAAAGAUUGCCCUUUAAAAAGAAGGCAAAAAGACCCUUGCCUGAUCUCAGAUAAAACCUACUUUGUUCAGUCAGUGCUGUUUUAAAAUACAAAAUCUCAUGCAGUUUUCCGACCGAUAAUUCGUGUUGGGGUUUUUUUUGUUGAUAUUUCUAUACAAGAGAUAAUACAAGAGAAUCGCGUUGAUUGUGUUUGUAAAGCGGUGAAAGAAGCCGGCGUUAACGUUACUGGUAUUCACAGCAUAGGCGAGUAUCCCAUCCUAGAGGACAAGGAAAGGAGGGUGUUUAGAAGGCACAGGGUAAAAAUAGAUUGAAAGACUCCUCUCAUAUGUUAAUGUCGACCGACGUCGCAUCUCUAAUGCUUCCCGUUAAUCGGGGGUUAAUGGAUCGGGAAAGGGACAUUGACACUGCGGCUGGCACACACACAAAUUCAACCGGAGCUCCGGCUUCCAUCCGAGGCAUGAAACGAGGAGAUCCAGAACCUGACGCACAAACAGCGGCAGCCUUGACUGAAUUGGCCGGGGCGGAGUGCAAACGACCUCGGAUAGAUGGCUCUGGAGGUGUUGGUGACAUUGGACAGGGUUCUCAGGAUUCCACAGGUGGUCAGGAGGGGCGUGUGCCCGCAGCGUUUACGACAUUUCCCCCGCCCCCGCCUCCUCAGAACGGCCUUGGCUCAGAGUUCGGCGGCACCCUCUACACGGCGGCAGGGGGGCAGGGCUCCACAGACACCACCACAGGCACAAACGGCCCAGCCGCCACCCCCAACAGCAUCAGCACCACACAGACGGAGGGUUCGUCUCAGGGUGAGGUGGGCGGGGCACAGUGCGGGACAGGGGCGGGAUCUGGGGUGACAGGCGGUGCCACCGCGGGUGACAGCUCCGAGUCGAAGGGGACCCCGAAACGCCUCCACGUGUCCAAUAUCCCCUUUCGCUUUAGAGACCCGGACCUCAGACAGAUGUUUGGGCAAUUUGGGAAAAUUCUCGAUGUGGAGAUCAUUUUCAAUGAGCGAGGUUCCAAGGGGUUUGGUUUUGUCACGUUUGAGUCAAGCGCGGAUGCAGAGAAAGCCAGGGAGAAACUGCACGGCACUCUGGUAGAGGGGCGAAAGAUCGAGGUGAAUAACGCCACAGCCAGGGUCAUGACCAAUAAGAAGAUGGUCAGCCCGUACCCCAACGGAGACGCCCUUAGCGCAAUACCUUACGCUGGGUGGAAGUUGAGUCCCAUGGUUGGUGCUAUGUAUGGACCUGAGCUCUAUGCAGUUCCCGGAUUUCCGUACCCAUCCGCGGCGGCGGCAGCCUCCACCGCUGCGGCGUUCCGCGGUGCUCACCUGCGAGGGCGUGGUCGACCGGUUUACAGCGCUGUCAGGGCUGCUGUUCCCCAACCGGCUAUUCCCGCCUACCCAGGUGUGGUGUAUCAGGAUGGGUUUUAUGGAGCAGCUGACUUAUACGGUGGUUAUGCUGCCUAUCGCUACGCUCAGCCAGCGGCGGUAACCGGGGCAACGGCUGCUGCAGCAGCUGCAGCUUACAGUGACAGUUAUGGUCGCGUGUACACUACAGAUCCCUAUCACGCUCUUGCUCCAGCUGCUGCAGCCUACGGAGUGGGCGCCAUGGCUAGUUUAUACCGGGGUGGAUACAGUAGGUUUGCCCCAUACUAAGAAAGACACGCCUCCAUGGUCCCCUCUGAUUGGUGGAGCCCUUCUCUCCUCCGCGCUCUUCAUUUGGAAAGAGCUUCCUGCCAUCUUCUCUGGGUCGUCAUAGAAGCCCACGUUUUAGAGGGGGUGGGGGGGGGGACUCAUAUAUCGAAAACAACUGCAGUCCAUCUAGUAUCCCGGCAGCGUGUAAACAAAACAAACAAACAAAAAAAAAAAGAAACACUAAAGACUAAAACGAAAGAGAAAUGAUUUCAACACAACUCCAGCAUAAACACAACUGCUACUGGACUGAACGACUGCAUCAAAACGGAUGGACAAACAAAACAAAACAAACAAACAAAAAACAAUCCUAUUACACUAUGACUGAACUGCUGCUCCAAACGUUUCUUCUUCUUCUUUUUUUUUUUUAAACACUACGACUCUGAAAGCGUUUCCUCAGUCUGUGGUAAAGCCCUGUAUUAAUUCGACUGAAAUCACAAACGCAUAUUAAGUAGCACUCAAAACAUACAAAAACAGUUACUUUCCUUUAAAGAGUGAGAUGCGGGAGACAGAGAUUGUAGAUUAAACGGUCGACUUUUAGCGUGCAACUUUUUUUUAGCGGCGCAUGCUAGGAACACUACAGCAGCAAAAACUACAUGUCAUGAAGGUUGGGGGGGGGAGAGAGAGACCCCUUUCAACAUUAGGGCACAAUAUGAAACGAAGGAAAGGGAAGAGAGAGAGAGAGAGAAAGAGUGACGAAGUUAAGGAUGAGAAUGCUUUCGGAGAACGGCCAUACAAGAAGGAUGCCUCCGGAGAGCGGACUACAAAACAAAAUGACCUUUCGUCCGACAGUGGUAACCUAGGCAACAGCUGAAGCACAGGGCUUUGCUUUCCUGACGUUUUUAAAACAAGUAACUUGUUGCCUUUAAUGAAAAAAAAAAAAAAUUAUUGGGGGGCAAAACCAAAUUUUCUGAAUAUUUCAUCAUCUAUACUUAGA